UAACGGUCUCGAGCUGUAAAAUUAUCAGUUAAUCCACGCGGUCUGGCAACGCUGCAAUCAGCUGUUCAGCAAACAAAUUGAUAAGAUUUUUCUCAUGUUUCUCGGUUGAGGUUUGGGAGAAGAUUAGGGGUCAAGAACGAGUGAUCGAUUUUAUCUGCAAGUGGGCAGUAAUCAACCAAAUUUACAGGCUUAAUAGUAAUCAGCAAUGGAUGUCAAGGAACUGGAAGUAAACAAAACCCUGCCCUUUGAUCCCUCGCUGCUGUCGGUCAACAUCUCGCUGCGCCAGAUUGAGGAGAUCGCCAUGACGGUGUCCCAGCGCUGCCAUGUUACCGGGGCCAACGAGAUCGCCUGGGCACUGCGAGCUUUGAUGCUCACGGAUCUGACCACCCUAGCAGGUGAUGAUACGGCGGCCAAUGUCCGGAGGCUGUGCCUCCGCGCCUGCUAUCCCUUCGAGCCGCAGUUCUUCGACAAGUUCUUCGAUCGUGCCCUCAUCCCGGAGAUGCACACGGCCGCAGUUUGUGUUUAUCCUGCCAGGGUAAAGGAUGCCUACCAUACGCUCCAGCAAUACGACAAACUCGACAAGGUGGCCAUUGCCGCGGUGGCUACCGGCUUUCCCACAGGCCAGUACGGUCUACAGACUCGCCUGCAGGAGAUAAGCCAUGCCAUUCUGGCCGGCGCCACAGAGAUCGACAUUGUGAUCAACCGACAGUUGGCCCUGGUGGGCGAUUGGGAGGCCCUGUACAACGAGGUGGUCCUUAUGCGCAGUGCCUGCGGACAGAGAGCUCAUUUGAAGACUAUCCUGGCCAUCGGGGAGCUUGGCACCAUGGAGAAUGUCUACAAAGCAGCGAUGGUUUGCAUGCUGGCCGGAGCCGACUUCAUUAAGACCUCCACGGGAAAGGAGACCGUGAAUGCCACCCUGCCCGUGGGCCUAGUCAUGAUAUUCGCCAUCCAGGAGUUCAAGCGGCGCACCUGCCAGAUUGUUGGUUUAAAGCCAGCCGGCGGAGUGAAGACAGUGCGGGAUGCCAUCGCAUGGAUGACGAUGGUCAACGAGACCCUCGGUAUUCGCUGGCUCCGUCCCGAGAGGUUCCGUUUCGGUGCCUCCGGACUGCUAGACGAUAUUGAGCGCGUGGUGCGCGAAGGCGUUAAAAAACUAGAGGAGGAGGAGGCCCUAAAGAACCUUCCCGUGUCUCGGGAGGCAGCUGCCGCCGAGACCUUCUGCAAGGAGCUGCGCAAGAAGAAAGAGACCCAGUAGACGGCGCUUCAUCCUAGCCUUUAAUCGCAGGGAGUGCAUUUAUUGUAGCAUUUUUAUACAACUGACUAAAACCUAUAAACAAAAAAUCCCAUCUA